UAAUAAAGAGCACGAAGACCGGCGAGGAGAAGUCUCCCACAAGACAACGCCGAUCAGAGCACCGCCUUCACCUCCGUCUUUACUUUAGAGCUACGAUUUUUUCUGACGCUCUGGUUUCUGUAUUCCCGUUGCUGAUCUUUUUGUUUCACAUUAGGAAAAAAAAAAAAAGAAAUAAAUAGAUCUUACUCUGGAUUAUUCUUCUUCUUCUUGGCGUCUUAAUUUCUGGUAAUCAUGGUUUUCUUUACUUGAUUUUGAACUAUUGGCUUCUGCUUUGUUUUUGAUUGAACUGUCUUGGAUUCGAUCUGGUCUUUGUUUUUCGAAUUUUGAAGGAUUUGCAGCUCAAACUUUUCAAUUUUGCCUUUACCAUACAAUAAUUCAGGCUUUGGCUUUUUUGGUAUUUUAUUGGAAAUGGAAUUUAAAUUUCAUGAAUUGGGUUGAUUUAUUUCUUGAUAUUAGGUAUGGAUUGUGGAAUUGCAGACAAGGGGUUCAAUAAUUUGCUGGAGGGUGUUUGUUUCUAAGUUUCUUCAUUCAGCUGCAUUGUGGGGUGCUGUGGUUUGGACUCUGGAUUGAUGUAGGAUGCAGAGAUCACGUAGAGCUCUUCUCCAAAGAAGGGCUUUGGCGGAGGCUAUUAGUGGAAGAAAUCGCCUGUACAAGGUUUCACUAUCUUUGGUUUUUGUUCUGUGGGGAUUACCCUUACUUUUGAGCUUGUGGAUUAGUCGUGGCGAUGGAUAUAGAGAUGGAUCUUCAGUACUUCGCUCAUCAACUUGGGAUGAAGCUAAGAUGGGACAUGUCAGGCAUUCUGAUCUUUCAGAUAAAUUUCUGCCAGAGGAAAUUUGUCAUGUUCAUUCUUCUGAUGGUUCUCACACAAACGGUGUUGAGGAUAGAGGAUACAGUAAUGAAUUGGUUGUAAGUGAAGAGAAUACAAAUUCUGGCUCCGAUUUGGAGCAACAUGCCAUGGAUAAGUCCAGUUUAGUCAUAAAAUCUGAAAACAGCUCUCCCAACUCUAAUCGACUGUCUCAUGCUGUGCCACUUGGCCUUGAUGAAUUCAAGAGUAGAUCAUUCACUAAUAGAAGUAAAUCUGGAACUGGUCAGACUGGUGAAGUUAAACAUAGAGUGGAGCCUGGAGGUAAUGAGUAUAAUUAUGCUUCAGCUUCAAAGGGAGCAAAAGUCCUGGCAUAUAACAAGGAAGCAAAGGGUGCUUCCAGUAUUUUAAGCAGCGACAAGGACAAAUACCUUCGAAAUCCAUGUUCUGCUGAAGAAAAAUUUGUUAUUAUAGAGCUUUCAGAGGAAACUUUAGUGGACACUAUUGAAAUAGCCAACUUUGAACACCACUCUUCCAAUUUGAAAGAUUUUGAGCUGUAUGGAAGUUUGGUUUAUCCAACAGAUUUGUGGAUUAAGAUUGGUAAUUUUACUGCUUCCAAUGUGAAACUUGCUCAGAGGUUUGUUCUUCAAGAGCCAAAGUGGGUGAGAUAUCUAAAGUUGAAUCUUCUUAGUCAUUAUGGUUCAGAAUUUUACUGCACACUGAGUGUUGUGGAGGUGUAUGGAGUGGAUGCAGUAGAGCGAAUGCUGGAAGAUUUGAUAUCUGUUCAAGAUAACUUGUUUGUUCCCGAAGAAGGAAGUAGUGACACAAAACAACCUUCUUUGCUACCAGAGUCUGCUCAAGGUGAUUCUCUUCAUCAAAAUUCAAAAAAAGAAACAGGGCCUGAGUCUUCAGGUGAAAACUUAAAUGCACAACUUGACCCUGCAAGUAAGAGCAUCCCCGAUCCAGUUGAAGAAAUUCGUCAUCAACAAGUGGGCCGGAUGCCUGGAGACACUGUUCUUAAAAUACUGAUGCAGAAAGUUGGUUCCCUGGACUUGAGUUUAUCUGUCUUGGAGCGCUACCUAGAAGAGUUAAAUUCUAAAUAUGGAAAAAUCCUGAAAGAAUUUGACAAUGAUUUAGGAGAGAAGGAUAGAAUUCUGGAGAAGAUCAGAUCAAACAUAAAGGAUCUCGUAAAUAGCGAGAAUACCAUUGCUAAAGAUGUUGGUGAUCUUGUUUCUUGGAAAUCUCUUGUUUCUGUACAGUUGGAUACUCUACUCAGACACAAUGCUGAUCUCAGGUCAAUGGUUGAAGAGGUUCGGGAGAAUCAAACGACAAUGGAGAAGCAGGGUAUCAUAAUAUUUCUUGUAUGCUUGAUUUUUGGAUUCUUGGCUGUUGUGAGGCUAUUCGUAGAUAUGUCGAGUGUUAAGAGAACAGAGAAGUCCAGGAAAUUUUGUUGUGUGAGCUCUUCCUGGCUCUUGUUACUAUGCAGUUGUAGCCUUAUCAUUUUUGUACUUUCAUUUUAAUCAUGGUUUUUCAUAGAAGCAUUUCAUCUGGAGUCAAUCUUUAUUCCCUUUUCUGGGUUUGGAGGGAUCUUAUAAAAUCCUAUUAACUGUUUUGGAUACUUGAAAUGUAUUUUCUGGGUCACGUGACAUUUAAAUUU